GCGGUCCGGCCCCUCUUCCAAUGAGAAGCGGUGUUGUUGGCGUGGCGGGCGGCGAACGGGUCAAGAUGGCGGAGGCGCUCUCGGUGAGCGGGGCCGGGCCCGAGCCCGAGCCCGAGCCCGAGCCCGAAGCGGAGCCACCGGCAGGGCCUGACCGGGUCCCUGAGGAGGAUUUACCGCCGCUGGACCCGGCCGAGGUGCGGAGCCGCCUGGAGCACAGCGCGCGGCAGUUCCGCAACCGGCGGAAGCUGCUGAUCCGAGGCUUACCGGCGGAUGUGAGCAACCAGGAUGUCCAUGAGUUGCUGAAGGGUUACGACCUCAAGUAUUGCUUUGUGGACAAGUACAAGGGGAUAGCCUUCAUCACCCUGCUCAACGCCGACCAAGCCUCCCGUGCCAUCCAACAGUUCCACGGCUCCAAGCUGCGGGAGCGGGAGCUGCGGGUGCAGCUGCAGCCGGCGGACGCCGUGCUGUGCGUGGCCAACCUGCCCCGCCUGCUGAGCCAGCAGCACUUCGAGGAGCUGCUGAGGCCCUUCGGCAGCCUGGAGCGCUGCUUCCUGGUCUACAGCCAGGCCACGGGCCACUCCAAAGGUUACGGCUUCGUGGAGUUCAUGAAGAAGGACUCUGCAGCCAGGGCCAGGUCGGAGCUGCUGGGGAAGCAGCUGGGCACCAGGACUCUCUACGUGCACUGGAGCGAGGCGGCCGCGCUCAGCCCGGAGCUGCUGCACUCGCGCUGCCUCUGCGUGGAGCGGCUGCCCCGCGGCUUCCGCGACCUGCCCCGACUGCGCCGCCUCUUCGGGGCCGGCCCCGCGCCCUCCUUCUGCCAGGUGAGACUGCGGGGGUGCCUUGGGGCUUUGGGGGGGUUUUGGGGUUUUUUUGGGGAUUUUUUGGGGUUUUUUUGGGGAUUUUUUGGGGAUUUUAUGUGAUUUUUUUUGGGAUUUUUUGUGAUUUUUUACGGAUUUUUUGGGGAUUUUUUGGGGAUUUUUUUGGGGAUUUUUUUGGGUUUUUUUGUGAUUUUUUUUGGGGUUUUUCGUGAUUUUUUUGGGGUUUUUUGUGAUUUUUUUGGGAUUUUUUUAGGAUUUUUUGGGGAUUUUUUUCGGGUUUUUUGGGGAUUUUUUUGGGAU